AUGGCGUUCACAUUCGCGGCCUUUUGUUACAUGCUCGCUCUGUUGCUCACGGCGGCGCUUAUCUUUUUCGCUAUCUGGCACAUAAUAGCAUUUGAUGAGCUGAAGACUGACUACAAGAAUCCUAUAGAUCAGUGUAACACUUUAAAUCCGCUGGUGCUGCCAGAGUACCUCAUCCAUUUCUUCUUCUGCGUGAUGUUCUUCUGCGCGGCCGAGUGGCUCACCCUCUUCCUCAACCUGCCGCUGCUGGCGUAUCACGUGUGGAGGUAUAUGAGCAGGCCGGUGAUGAGCUGCCCGGGCCUGUACGACCCCACCACCAUCAUGAACGCAGACAUCCUGGCGUACUGUCAAAAAGAGGGCUGGUGCAAACUGGCUUUCUACCUGCUGUCUUUCUUCUACUAUCUCUACGGGAUGAUCUAUGUUCUGGUGAGCUCCUAA